AUGAAAACAUCAGCUGUCGACGCGAAUAUUAGAUCCCUCAAUCGGACAUGGCUCUGUAAGGUUACGCAGGUCCUGAUCGACCAUUACCAAACCACACUUCAAGAGAAGCUGACCACCAUUCCUACCAAGUCUUUAUCAUCACCUGCCGUCGACCGCAUCGUUUCUCAUGCCCUGUCCUGGCCCCUUCGCUCCUAUGGGAAACGUCUCACUCAAGCUGUAAUCUCUAAAUUCUACCAAACAAUCAACGAAACAAAAACCAGAGUAACCAUAUCUCUACCAACUGAAAUGGACACUACACCUGCACCAUCUAGAGCCACCACGCUGACGAACCAAACCUCUAAACAAGCCCGAAGUUCACCUACUCCUAGUCCAGCAGACAUAGGUAAACGCUCUCGUAGAGAGGGCACACCCCUUCUCUUUUCACUUUCAGACUCGUCUUCCCCUUCCACACCAUCUGAAUCUUCACCACGUGAUCCAGGAUCCGCCAACCUUUCUUCCUUCUGUGCGUUUUUGGACCAGCAAACCACCCCUCAGUCUCCAUCCAAGUCGAGACGUGUAUCCAGACCUUCCCCUCCUCGAACCAGAUCCCAGUCCGUUCCCAAUGCUACAAUUCUAACAACUACCAAACCAGUACCAAUCACACCGUCGACGACCAUUAUAUCCGCUACCAAACCGUAUUAUCACCAAACCAAGGACAAAUCAUUAUGGAAACUACCUGCUCUAAAGAAAUCCACCUUAAUAAUUGGAUCAUCUAACCUGAAUCGAAUUACCAAAACCAGUUCAGACACCGAAAUACAUUCUUACCCCGGUGCCCAAAUCCAUCACAUAGUCUAUCCUGGAAUCAUAUGA